CAGCAGACAAACCUUCAUCACUGAGUCGGAGCCAUGGAGGAUCCUCAAGUUGCAUUGAUAUCAGUUGAUGAUCAAGUUACCUCUGUUUCGGUUGAGAAUGAACUGGACGUCCAAAGCAGCAUAUCGCCAGCCGCAGAAGAUAGCCAAGCUACGUCGAUUUCAGUUGAGGAGAAACUGGACGUCCAAAGCGUUACUUUAUCAGAUGUGGCUGAAGGUAAAGUUCCAUCACCUGAUGAAAUACCAGGAACUGGUGACAAUACUUCUACAGCUACUGAAGAUCCUCAAGUGAAAUCAGUUUUGGAUGAGGAAAAUGCGGAUGUUCAUAACAAAAAUUCAUCAGACGCGACUGAAAAUGAAGUCCUAUCACCUGAAGGAAAACUAGGAAUUAGUCAAAAUACAUGUACAGAUCCGGUUAAACAUGAUGUGACAUCACAAGAAGGGAAUGACGGUACUGAUGAAAAACUGUCAACAGCCAUUGAAGAUCCUCAAGUUGCGUCCAUUUCAGGCGAGAAGAAACUUAGCAUUCAUGAAAUCACUUCAUCAGAUAUGGCUGAUGAUAAAGAACCCUCACCUGACGGACAAAUAGGAAGUCUUGGUGCCAAUACUUUUUCAGCCACAGCAGAUUCUCAAGUCACAUCGAUAUCAGCGGAGGACAAACUCGACGUUCAGAAGAACACUUCACCAGCCACAGAGGUUGUUAAAGGUACUUCGAAGCUAUUUGAGCUGAAGCUGGAUGAUCAUGACGCCAGUUCAUCAGGAGCCAGUGUGCAGGCUUAUGGUGAGCUGAAUGAUGCAGCGCAAGAAACAGAGCACAAAGAAGUUAUGGGAGGCUUAAGAAAUCCCUCAGAGGAACAUCAAGUAAGUCUGAAAAACAAAUACGAAUAGCGUAGCUCUUUUCUAAGGGUUUUAAGUUUAAAACAUUUCCACCGCGUUGAAAGGAAUAUAGAAAAGAAACUGAUAAGUAUCCUGCGAUGACUUUGGACUGGAAAUUGAUAUUUACAAAAUUCCAGAGAAAACACCGUGUAGAGUUUCAAGUGAAUGGCAAAUGAAUUACAUUCAAUCCUAGCAAUAAAAGCCAAACUUCAAAGUAAUUUGUGAGGGUCUCAACGGGGUGAUAAUUCUACGUCUAACAAUUAAAAUUUUGCCACAUUUUA